AUGCUGCUGCUGGCAGCACUUGUGGCCACAGCCGCUUGGUCGUGUGGAUCUGCACAAGAAACUCCCGUGCAGACCCCUAUAUCCAUUACCAAGUUCCAAAGAAGUGCACGGAUGAUGUGCGAAAUCCAAGCAUUAGGGACGAAUUUUGAUGGCACCGUCAUACACUGGUAUCAGCAGAAGGAGGGGAAAGGUCCAGAGAGACUCCUGUUCUUCUCAGGAGGGAAAGCUUCGGUUGAAAGUGGCUUUCAAGCAAACAGGUACAUGGUUGAAAAAGUUUCCAGCCAGAAGCGGUGCAUUCUUACAAUCAAAGAUGUCAUUCCAGAUGACACUGCUACUUACUUCUGCGCGUACUGGGACCCUCACUACAAAAUCUUCGGAACUGGCACAAAGCUUAUUGUUUCUGACAAAGUAAGUUCUCCACCGGUAAACUCUGAAAUUCUGCAUAAGAAACACAAAAAUCUGAUAACAUAUGUCUGCCUUAUUGAGAGAUUCUACCCAGAGAUUAUUCGAGUGACUUGGACCGAUGGAGAAAAAGAGGUAACAGACAACGUAGUAAAAGGAGACACCUGGAAGUCUACAAAAGAGGAGGAGUACUCAAUUGGCAGCUGGUUAACUGUACCAGCAGAGAACAAAGACAAGAACUAUUACUGCAAAUACGAGCAUGAAAGCAAACAGUCGUCACUGCCAACACAAGAUUCUACAAAAACUACUCUGCAGGGAGAGGACUGUACGACUUCUCCUGGAAACAGCACUGGUUUUAAUAGAGAUCACUUAGUGCACAGGACAGCAUAUUUAGUGUACAUCGUCCUUCUUCUGAAGAGCUCCAUGUACUAUCUCAUCGUACUCUUCUUCAUCUACAGAAUGUGGGCUCCAACCAAGCACCAAGGCAAGAAAGCAUAA